GAUGGCCCCCAGGGGAGACUCCAGACAGAUGCCCUGGCUCCCCAUCCUGGUGGUGUCUCUGAUGUGCUCAAGCAGAGCAGAACACUCCAGCUGUGGCGAGAACGAGUACUACAACCAGACCACGGGGCUGUGCCAUGAGUGUCCCCAGUGCGGGCCGGGCGAGGAGCCGCACCUGUCCUGUGGCUACGGCACCAAAGACGAGGACUACGGCUGCAUCCCCUGCCCGGCAGAGAAGUUUUCCAAAGGAGGCUACCAGAUAUGCAGGCGGCACAAAGACUGCGAGGGCUUCUUCAGGGCCACCGUGCUGAUGCCGGGGGACGUGGAGAACGACGCGGAGUGUGGGCCUUGUCUCCCUGGCUACUACAUACUGGAAAACAGACCCAGGAACAUCUACGGCAUGGUCUGCUACUCCUGCCUCCUGGCACCGCCCAACACCAAGGAAUGUGCGGGGGCCCCCUCAGGGGUGUCUGCCAACUUCCCCAGCACCGCUGGCAGCAGCACCCUCUCUCCCUUCCAGCGCGCCCACAAAGCCGAGCUUUCGGGCCAAGGACACCUGGCCACAGCCCUGAUCAUCGCCAUGUCCACCAUCUUCAUUAUGGCCAUCGCCAUUGUCCUCAUCAUCAUGUUCUACAUCAUGAAGGCGAAGCCGUCCGCGCCAGCCUGCUGCACCAACCACUCCGUGAAGAGCGCGGAAGCCCAAGUGAGCCAGGAGGGGGAGGAGAAAGAGGUCCCAGACAGGGUGGUGAUCUUCUCCGAGAAGGACGAAUUUGAGAAGCUGACGGCAACUCCGGCGAAGACCGCCAAGAGCGAGAACGACGCCUCGUCUGAGAAUGAGCAGCUGCUGAGCCGGAGCAUGGACAGUGACGAGGAGCCGGCCACCGACAAGCAGGGUUCCCCUGAGCUGUGCCUGCUGUCGCUUGUGCACCUGGCCAGGGAGAAGUCGGCCGCCACCACCAAGUCGGCCGGGAUUCUGAGUCGACGGAAGAAGAUCCUGGACGUGUAUGCCAACGUGUGUGGAGUUGUAGAAGGCCUCAGCCCCACGGAGCUGCCCUUCGACUGCCUGGAGAAGACGAGCCGGAUGCUCAGCUCCACCUACAACUCGGAGAAGGCCGUGGUGAAAACCUGGCGCCACUUGGCCGAGAGCUUCGGGCUCAAGCGGGACGAGAUCGGGGGCAUGACGGACGGCAUGCAGCUGUUUGACCGCAUCAGCACGGCGGGCUACAGCAUCCCCGAGCUGCUCACGAAGCUGGUGCAGAUCGAGCGGCUGGACGCCGUGGAGUCGCUGUGCGCGGACAUCCUGGAGUGGGCCGGGGGCGUGCCGCCCGCCUCCCCGCUGCCCGCCGCCUCCUGA